CUGAGGUUUUGGCAAGAUCAGUGGCAUGGCUUGGAAGAGGCCUUUCUUGUGUUUGUUCUUAAAGAGGAGAGAAUGAUGCCCGUUCAUAGUUUGAACUAACCCCUUUGCAGAGGCCAUAGCUGGUGAAGGGGAAUAUGCAGCUUUUUUCUGUGGAUCAGCAGUGUAGUCAAGCUCUUGAAGCACAUGCUGCAUCAUUUGCUUCACUAAAGGUUGCUGGAAAUGAAAACCCUUCCAUUCUUAUUGCCUUUGCCUCAAAGACCACCAAUGCAGGACAGAUUACAUCAAAGUUACAUGUGAUUGAACUUGGUGCUCAGCUAGGUCCAAGCAGUUGCAUUAAAUCAACAUGUGACAUUCUUCUUAAUAAGUCUUUUCAUCACUCGAUGGUCAUGGUAAGAGAACACCAUCUCACUUGUGAACUUUUCCUACUACCUAUUUACCUUACAAGAAUUGUACUUUACAUUAGGCAACAAAUAGGCCAGAUGGGCUUGUGA